UUCCUGACACAACACUUCACUCUGGUUGGCUGUUCUGUUUGAGGGCGGUGAUGCAAACGGCCAUAUUGACAUCCCAUUGGAAAAGACCGUGUGCAGCAUUGGAGUGACGCAGCUUGGAAUUCCCAAAUUUCCGAUGUUCACGACAGGAACGCAGUCUGUAAAAUAAUACAAGGACUAUCCGAGCUAAAACGGUGAAAUUGAAGUGAAGUAAGCGGGAAUAAGUUGUAGUUGCUGUGCUGAGCAUCAAGGGGGCGAUGUCUGACAACAGCAGCAGCACAGGCAGCAGCCGCAGUGGAUCCUCGACCAACAGUUGGACCAUGCUGUUCCCAGAGGAAGCUGCUGAGAGCGUGGGUCCAGUGGAUGAUGGGACUGAGAGUCUUUGUGAUGUCCCUAGUCUGUCAGAGGAAGUCACAGGGGCCACUGUGGAGUCUAAGAUGAGUGACCCAGAGACUCCAGUAGAAACAGUUCUGUCAGAGGAGGGCCAACAGGUCUGUACUAUUUGCCAGGAAACUGCUCUUGAUACCUGCGAGGGCCCUGUCCCCUCCAGCCCUACCCUGUUAAGCCCAUCCCCAUCUAGCCAUGCGCCCCUUGACCCUGACCUGGCGAGUCAACCUGAACCCCCCAUAAUCCAUGAUAUGGUAACCAGCUCCCCCACUGACAAUGAGCAACUCGCUGCCAUGCCCUUUGUCACUCAUGUCAACCUGGUUGUGCCACUGAAUGCUCCCUUCACGGAACCACCCCCCUCAGAGGUUGAGCCUGAGUUAAGCCCUGUCCCUGAGAACUCCACCCUUGAUACCUGCACUGAUACAGGCCCUGUACCUGAGAGUCUUGCCCUAGAAACUAGUGCCGAACCUGACAUGAGCGUUCACACAGAGACUCUCAUCCCAACGGGCCCCCCAUCUGACACUGUCACUAAUAUUGGCCCCCUCCCAGAGAGCUCCGAGGGGCCUCUAAGCCCAGCCCCAGAACCCCAUGCUGCUCCAGAAAGCCCAGGUCCUGAUAGUCCCCCUCCAGAGACCAUGGGUUCAGUGGAGGCAGCAGAAGAGCCAGCACUAGGAAAGGAGGAGACAGAAUUGCCUGAAAAAGUGACUGAUAUACCAAAGGAAGAAGAAUCUCCCAGUAGCUUUGACUUUGGAAUAGCUGACACGAGUUCUGAGGAAGGAGGUGGUCUGAGGAGGAGAGAUGUGGCACCAAAAAUGACAUCGGAAGAUGAGGAGGUGGAGUUAAAAAUGACAGAGAGGAAAGAGGAGAAGGGCUUCUCUAUGAGCACAUGCAUUGUGGGUGCCCUGGUCCUGCUCUGUCUAGGGUCCCUCUUCCUCUCCGAUGACUCAGAUGAGCUGAGCGGGACAGAACAAAACCAGGACUGGCUAAAUGAUCCUCAGGAGAUGAAGGAGCUUUUGGAUAAACUGACACAAGAAAAUCAGCAAAUCUCCCAGUUAGAAACACAACUCCAGGCCCAUAAAGAGGAACUUGACUCAGCACUAAAUGCAGGAUCAGCAACGGGUAAUGACAACAGAAAAGGAGAUCUGGAGCAAAAAAAUACUAAGAUGAAAGAAGAGCUGUCAUCCCUUCCUGGCCUGAAGGAGGAGCUGGAGACGCUGAGGGCUAGAGUGACCGAACUGUCCCAACUCACAGAAGCCAACCAGGAAACACCCCCACCACCCUCAAGCCCAACUCCACCCCCUACUGGCCAACCUGGGAUUAGCAGCCAGAGUAGCACCACAGCAGAGCCCAAAAGGAGGAGGGAUCCGAGAGAGGGGGCCAGGGUGAAGGAAGAGCUUCAGAGGCAGAAGGUGCUGUUGGAGGAAAGCAGGAAGAGACUGGAGGGGAUGAAGAAGGAUGGGGGGUAUAAGAAGGAUGGAGGGUACCAGAAGAUGGUGAGGGAGAACCUGGCUGAGAUCCAGAAGAGACUCAGUGAGCAGGUGGAGAAGAUGGGGAACAGGAUUGAGGGCAAGAAGAAGCCAAGGGAGAGCGGGAACAAGAGGGACGAGAAGAAAGCCAAGGACAACGGCAAAGACCACUGGAAAAAGGAGUGGAAGGGAGAGAAGGACUGGAAACACGGCAAAGACAAGAAUGAGGGCGGAUGGAAAGAGAAAGACAAGAGGAAGGAGAGGGACUGGAAGGCAAACAAACAAAACUCUCAUAAAGAGGCCUGGAGGAAAUCCCAGGAUGAGUGGGAGAGAAAGAAGAACGAGCGCAGGAUGGACAGGGAUAAAAGAAAGCAGGAGAGGCCCUGGCAGUCCAGGAAAGACUACAAGAAAGACUCCAACCAUCACUCCAACCAUCAGCAGCAACAUCACCACCACCAGCCCCAUCAGUAUGACCACACCAGCUUCUGGAAGCACCAGGAGGAGAAACUUGGACGCAACGUUCGCUCCCUGGCGGGCUGUAGCGGUGUGGAGGACUGCGCUAGCCAGGAAGGGCUCUUUCCUGUUGAACUGUCUGAAUUCGAGGAGUUGUUAGACGGCUACCUGAGCAAGCUGGAGAGGGCUACUCCGGACAGCAAGGCCGAGAUCCAGAAGUUGGUCGACAUGUUUUUUCAAGACGGUGUGUUCGUCCAUGACAAAGUUCUCUUCAGUGACUUCGCUGAAGAUGUGGCGGACAUUUUAGAGGACAUGGCAGACAUUUUGGAGGUUGAUGGGCAGGAUGAUGAAGUCCUGGAGGAGGCGAUGGAGGAGUUUGAGCGAGAAGCUUUGUGGAAGUUUGCAGCCACUGCAUAGAUAGAAAGGAACCAGACGAAAAUGGAACACCAAGAUACAGCAAUAGUAUUACAUGGUGGUUUAUAGCAGGUGUUGUUGCCUUUGAAGGGCUUCCGGCUCAAGAAGGAAUGAUCUUGCAUCUCGUAAACAUGUCCCUAGCUCUGCAUCUGUAAUUAGCUGAAGUCAUUCUUGUCUGUUGGGACUCAGUUGUUACCUACCUAUGUCACUUCAUGUUAUGUCUUCAAUGCCAAGUCCUACAUAUUGACAGUUGUGUGGAGUUGAUUUACCUAUAGUGUUUGGCACUUAUAAAAUUGAAUGUCACAAUUCAAGUUCAAAACCGGGUCAGAUACACAGCAAUGUGAACUCUUUGCUCCCACAACAACUGAUUUUCUGAUCAGUCUCUUCUCUGUUGUCAUGGUUAGGAUCAGAUCUAGUUGAACCGGUUCUGUAUCAGCUCUGCUAGCUUCUGUUGUAUCAGCUCUGCAAACAUACAGUGCUGUGUAGGCACUUGGCCCUUAGUCCUUGGUUUCUGGUUUUCACUAAUUGUCUUACCCUUUAAGUAUAACUGUCGGCGAAAGCAGAACAUUCUGGAACAUUUUCAAGUUUUAAUGUCACAUGCACAAGUACAGUGAAAUGCCUUUCUUGCAAACUCAAAACCCCUCAAUGCAAUAAUCAAUAACAAUGUACUACUAGAAAAAAACAAGAAUAGGAAAUAUGAAGUACACAAUUAAGUAAGCAUACUAUAUACAGGAAAUAUUUUUAAAAGUCUGAUCCAAUACCAUAUUUACAUGUGCAGGGAUACUGGAGGGAUGGAGGUCGAUUUGUAUAGGGGUUAGGGGACUAGGCAUCAGGAUAUAAGAUUAACAGAGUAGCAGCAGCUUGUGGGUGUGCGGGUGUGUAGAGUCAGUAUAAAUGUAUGUGCAUAUUAUCUGUGAGUGAGAAAAUUAUGGAGUGAGUGUGUAGGCCCUGUGAGUGUGCAUUGAGAGUGCAAAUAUUGAAAUUAAAGGUCAAUAUAGAUACAA